CUAAGCCAAAGUUAAAUUUGUUUUGGCCUCAGUCUAUGACUAUAUUUAGCCAUUGUUGACGCAGUGCAGCACGUCAUUUGGUAGGCAAGGCCCCCAUGUUUAAGCAAUUCCCAACUCUAUUAUGAUCGCAGUUAUUUGCACAAAUGUUUUAGUGCCAAAAAUGCGAAAUGCUAAAGCAUAAAAGCCUAGCCAAGGUUGAGUCCACAUACAUUUCGCUGCUAAGAUGCGUUGCCACUGGUUAUGUCUACUAUUUUUCGUGCUGCUGCUCGAUCAGCUAGCUCGACAGUCCGAGGCACAGAGGACAAGACGUCGCUCCAAUAGCAAUGAGGUGACAUCACGCACCAGCACGAGCACUCGAAGAUCGGCGGUGCAGUCGCGCAUUGUCAGCGGCACUUCCAGCUCGAGUUCGAGCAAUCGUCGCAAUCGACGAAGCCGCAGCGGCAGACGCAAGAGGAGCCUCAAUAGCAGGAGCAGCCGUAACAAGAGCAGAAGCGGAAGGACCUCUCGAAAUCGCAAUCGUAGAAGCAGUAGCUCCUCAUCCUCUACCUCCUCCCCGAGCAGCGUCUCGUCGCGCAUCGUCGACAACAGCGUCCAGGCUCGCAUCGUUGAUGGAUCCUCCACGUCCAUCAGCAAAAUGCCGUACCUGGUCCAAGUGCAUCGUGGCUCCGAUGCUCUGUGCGGUGGCUCACUCAUUGAAACCAAUUGGGUACUCACUGCUGGUCACUGUGUCCAUGGCUACAGUGCCUCCGAUUUCUAUGUGGUUGCUGGCACCUCGACGCUCAAUGGCACCGAUGGUGUCUCGUCUAGCGUCAGCUACGCUGCUGUGGCGCCAAAAUUCACCACCAAGAAGAUGAACAUGGAUGCUGCGCUACUCAAGUUGGACACAGCUUUGUCAGGAACAAAUGUGGCAACCAUUUCCAUGGCCACUCACCGUCCUAAGGCGGGAGCUUCCUUGCUCAUUGGUGGUUGGGGUGCCACCAAAGAGGGCGGUAGUGCGGUGAAGCACUUGAGAUCCACUCGAGUUACGGUCGUCAAACAGAGCAAAUGCAAGAAGGACUACAAAGGUUCGUCGGCCAUCACAAAGUACAUGUUCUGUGCCGGCGGCAAUCACAAGGACACAUGCAGUGGCGACUCUGGUGGCUCGGUGGUUAAGAAUAAGAAACUCUUUGGCAUCACUUCCUUUGGCUUGGGCUGUGCCAGAGCCAACUAUCCGGGUGUCUACACCAAUGUGGCCGCCAUACGCAGUUGGGUCAACACAACAAUUGCUGAUAAUUCGUAAAGUUUGCGUACAAUUGUUGUUAAAAGCUACUUUAAUGAAGCGCGAGAGAUUGCAGUUAAUUAAUUAUUGAUAAUUCCUAAAGUCACCUCACUAC